AUGGCCGCCGCCGCCUCCGCUGCGAGAUCCUUCAUCCGGUCCAGCGGCUCGUCGUCCCUCCGCAGCGCGGCGGCCAGAGCCGCCUCGCGUGCCGGACCUGCUCCGCUGCCGAGGUGGAUGCCAACCUCUGCCCCCCGCGUACUCCUAAGGUCGCCGGUGGAGAUGAGCAGCGUGUGUCUGGAGUCCCUUAUGCCCAUGCACAGCGCCACGGCUUCGGCGCUCAUGACGUCGCUUCUCGCUGCCCCGGCUUGCAAGGGAUUCGGUUGGCUAUCAGAAGGUGAUUUGCCCUGGUCUCAGUUUCAUUUCCUUGCUUCGUAA